AUGACAAACCCCCAAUUCUCAUUCCGUGAUACAUCCUUCACUGGACCGUCACUGCUUCUCGAUAGAAGAGAAAAGGUCCGGUUAGUGACUGUCAAGGCGCAAUUGAAGCAGCUGCGAGAUACUGGCAGGUAUGACUGCUUCAAGCUCGAAUGGCAUCCUGUCUACGACAAGGUUUAUCUCUGGCCCGUCCCCAAGAGUCUGUUCUGGGACAGCGAUAUUGCAAAGUGGAUAGAAGGAGCCUGCUAUUUCCUGGCGCAGCAUUAUGACCAAGAGGUUGAUACGGCGGUUCGAGAUCUGGUCAAUGACAUUCGAAGCGCCCAACAGGAGGACGGGUAUUUGAAUGUUUAUUUCACCGUUGUUGAGCCAAACGCAAGGUGGUCCAAUAUCAGAGAUCAGCAUGAACUCUACAAUGCCGGUCAUCUCAUCGAAGCUGCUCUCGCUCAUAGAGAAUACUAUCGCAAUGAUCUCCUGCUAGAGCCCAUCGAGAAAUACGUCAAGUUGCUCAGUACACUCUUUGGUCCCGGCGAAAACCAAAGACAUGCAUAUCCCGGUCACCCAGAGAUCGAACUUGCGCUACUACGGCUUUAUAAAGCAACGGGAAACGAACCAGCAUACGAACUGGCUCGUUACUUUCUUGAGGAGAGGGGUAACCCACAUGGUCAAGAAGGAAUGCACUAUUACGAUUGGGAAGAAAGACAACGAGGAGACCAUCAUCACCUUCGACCAAACCCUUACCCGGAAGCCGGCAGUCAUUGGUACAACCAGGCUCACGUGCCAAUUCUGGAACAACCAUCUGUUGAAGGGCAUUCUGUCAGAGCAAUGUAUUUAUUAACCGCUGUUGCGGACCUCCUCUGCAUCGACCGGCAGGCGCCCACGUCACGGUCCCUUGAACGGCGCCUUGACUGGUCCAAGGCCCUGGACCGCCUGUGGAACAAUAUGGUAGACAGAAAAAUGUCUGUAACGGGAGGUAUUGGAGCCAUCAAGCAUUGGGAAGGCUUUGGUAUCGCCUACUUCCUUCCUCAGGGGACGGACGAAGGUGGCUGUUACAACGAGACGUGCGCAGCCAUUGGUGUCAUCAUGCUUGCUGAACGCCUGUUAGAGCUGGACCUGAACUCGAAGUAUGCCGACAUCAUGGAGCUUUGUUUAUACAACGCCGUUAUGACUGCGACGAAUCUUCAAGGGACAGCUUUUACAUAUGUCAACCAGCUGGCAAGCUCUGAAAAGGACAAAAGCGAGAGGUAUGACUGGUUCGAGUGCGCCUGCUGCCCACCCAACUUGAUGCGGCUAUUUGGCAGCUUGGGUGGUUAUCUAUGGGACUACGGAGGAGCGAAUGGGCAGGCCUUUGUGAAUGUUCAUCUUUACACCUCGGCAAAGGUUUCUUUUCUGGUCGACAAUGAGAGCAGUGUGAUACUGGAGCAGACGUCUAGUUGGCCGUGGAAGGGAAAGGUGCAGAUAGAGCUUCAGGCUUCGCCGUCACUUGCAACGACUCUUCGGUUGAGAAUUCCAGGAUGGGCCAAGAACCAGUUUUCGGUAAGAAUGCUCGCCGACUUCCCGUGCUUGCUAAAGGCAAUGGCUGACAAUGGGAAAAUUCAGCUCCAUCCUCCGUGCACGACAGCAAAAGUUGAAAAGGGAUACGUCAUCCUCAAACCUAGCUACACAGAGAAACAUCCGCUUUUCACACUCGAAGUCGGAGGUUUCGAGCCUCGAUUUGUCGCGCCGCAUCCUUACACGAACCAAAACACAAUUUCGGCAGCGCGGGGUCCUCUGAUCUAUUGUGUUGAGGACUGCGACAACGACUGGGUUCAAGAUCACUUCAAGAAUACUUUUAUAUCGCCGAACGCCCGGCUUACCGAAGAGAAUUGCGUCAUGGGAAAUCCUGAGCAUUCCUAUGUUGCGCUACAUUCAUCAGUGCAUGAGCGAGGCCUAAGUUCUUGGGAGAGUCAGCCGCAAGGUUCCGAUCCAGCUCGAGACGUCAACGAAACAAAGUUAGCUCUGGGAGAUCCAAGGAAGAUAGUGUUUGUACCAUAUUAUCUCAGGUCCAACAGGAAAGGCAAGGGGCACAUGAGGAGGUGUCGUCUCAAGGCUCUUGACUGUGUUUACCCCGUCGAGGAGUCGACACAGCGUCGUCCCCGGCAGACUAUGGUAGAUAUGGAAGAUGCCCCUUCCGUGCCCGCCGACAUGCCAGACGCAACGCCAUACCUAGAAAUGCCAGGGAGUAUCAUGGCCAUAGAGCAACAAACGAGUGUCUACGAUGGUACUGCGGAUGGCUUCGAUACCUCGGCCCAAGCAUUCGCCAGCGGGAUGGGCGACGAUGGGGGUUUUGAGCUCCCUAUCAACUGGCUGCAUACCGAUUACGAUAUGGAUGUGGAUUACAACUCAUUGUUCGGCCUAGGAUUGGGAAACAAUCAGCUCGAUACGGCACAGAUUUCAAGCUUGGAUAAUGGGCUCGGUGGCAGCUCGGGCGGCGCACCCGUCUUCUCGCAGCCCUUCGCCACAAGUGUGCAACAAUAUCCAUAUAGGAUCCCACAACAGGAGGGCAGUCAAUCCACUCUCGGUCUGGCCUCGCCAAUACCCCAGACUGUGCAGACUGCAGCUUCCCCGUUGACUGAGACAUCGACCCCUGGCUCAGCGUCUUCGCUAACGGGGACGACGUCGACUGCAUCCCGUCUCUCAGCAGAAUCCCACUCGCCUCACCUCCUAGCGAGAGGUGGGAUUUAUGCUACCAGCACGAAUGGGUCGAGAAUCCCUUGUACCGCCCGACGAAAGAGGAAGUCCAUCCGCGUGCUGGGAUCCACCCCUCUGAAGCCUGUCUCAACGAAAGCCGAGGGGUUCUCCGCGGAAGACAAUUUAGACAUUAGGAUGCGAUUCCCGGAUCUGAGUAGUAUCUCAUGUCCUCCAGUAGAGAACGACGCUUAUUCGAGAACCGUGGAGUCUCGUGUAUACGAUCAUAUCGUAUCCCAGUUCAAGCUUUUAUGCUUGAGCAAUCAUGGCCUCUACGCUCCAUAUGCGGCUGAUAACUUUCCGGAUCUGGACUUUUUCAAGUUCUUCGUUCAUCUAUACUUUGAGAAUUUCGACCCCAUCCUUCCGAUCUAUCACGAUAGAGUGACGAAUCUUAACGAGCACUGGGUUCUCGCACUAGCAAUCGCGACCAUUGGUUCGCAAUACACCGAAACUCAACAAUUCUCACAAUGCGUUAUUCCAUUACAUGAAUUCCUACGCCGAGCAGUUGCUACAGAGCUUGAGAGACAAGAUGGCAGUCCAGUCUCUGUUACAUUACUCCAGGCAACGAUUCUGAGCCAGGUCGGUAUGCUCUAUCAGGGAUCUGCGAGACUCAGACGCCUUGCCAAGUCCAGACGGAGUCUCUUCGUCGAUGCAUUGGAAUCGUUAAGUUCUUCCGGUGUCGAUCAACUCAAAGACAUGUGUGCGACGAGAGACGUAUCCGAGCAGUCCUUGGAAGGACUUUGGUCACAGUGGCUUUUCGAGGAAACAACACGCCGCCUUUGUUAUGCGAUAUGGCUCCUCGACUGCAUGGCAGCGUAUCACUUCGAGCUACAGCCUUUGUUGGCUCUAGAAUCUGCGCAGUGGGAACUACCCCAUGAUGAGUUAUGGGGUGCGCAGGAUAUUGUAGUGUUCCGGCAAAAGUCUAGAAGCUCUACAAAACGACAAAUGAAACCCGAUUUGGGUGAAUAUAGCAACCUUCUUCUCCUACACGGCGUCUAUCAAGAGCUUUUCAAAGUCAAAUCAUAUUUUGACCGAGGCUUGUCCGGCUGGGUGCCAUCGAUCCCGCAAUUGGGCCAUCUCAAUCCUGCCGUGGCAAAUGGAGGCAGUGCGUCAGACAGAGAACGACAGAAUACUUUAGCUAGCUGGCGCAGUGCGGCAAUGGACUGUGUCGAUGUGUUACACUGGGCCGCGAAUGGCGUCGUCGCUCAGCUUCUUGGAGCUGAGCAUGCCACGGUUUUUCAUCUUCAUUUUUCCAGAGUUGUUCUCUUCUCCCCGUACAGCAAGAUACGUGCGCUUGCUUCCGGACUUGCGUCACUCGCCGAGACACCUCAAGGAAGUCCUUUGACCCAAAGGGAGGCUACGCUGAAACUGGAGAGCGAGGUAUUGGAAUGGGCACAGAGGGACGAGCACAAAGCUCGGCUAGCCGCUCUCCACUGCGGUUGUUUCUUCUGGCAUGUCCGGCGGUACAGUUGCAACGCCUUUUACGAGCCAACCUCGGUCUUCCUCGCCACGUUGGUCCUCUGGGCUUACAGCUCUUACGCAUCUCGCGCGCCCUUGCCGUCCCGGACAUCGAAUAGCGAGAGUAGCGCGGAAGAUCCGCCCGAUCCGACAUUCAUCCAUCUCGACAGGCCGUGCGAUGAUGAGAUGGUGCAGUUGUUUGUGAGAUCCGGCCGGCCCUCCGUCAUUCGGGCCUACGUUGCCGGCGUUGGGGAUAUCUAUGACGCCAAGGGGCCCUUGGGCAUCUUGCAGGAGGGUCGCAAGCUUCUCGUCUCGAUGAGCACAGCCUGGGGCCGGACGACUGACGCUAACGCACGCAUCCGACUACUUCUGGCGGGCUCCACUUUGGGCGUCGAUACAGGCGUAGAGCACAAGCGAGGUCAAAUGUCAGAUGUCAACAGAGCCCUCGCGGCUUGCCUGCGGUGCCGGAGGCAGAAGCUCAAAUGCGGAGGCCCGGCCGAGAUUCCGUGCCGAAGAUGUCGCGCCAGUGGCGCCGAAUGUGUCUUCGCCGCACCCAAAGCCUCGUCUGCCAAGGAUGCAAUCGAUAGGUCAGCCGGUGGCUCUUAUGAUGCCACCCAACAUCUCAUCUUUUAUUCCCGAAGUUACGAACAGAACUGCAAGGAAACCAUAGAGUUUCUAGAUGAACAGAUCAUACCACCCAAAACGGAAGCCCGGAAGUAUCCUCUGCUAGCUUUGGUCAUAUGCGCUAUCGCUGCAAGAGCAAUCAAGCCCGAAAGAUACCAGUUCUUCAUCGGACAGAGCGACAACCUGAUAAAGGACUACUUCAACGGGCCCGCACCAGACAAGCUUAGUCUCGUUGCCAUGAUGCUUCUCGCAGCAUGGACCGGGCGCAUAAGACUUUGGGGCUUCAUCUCUUCCGUGGCGAUCGAGCUGAAACUCAACGAAAGCGCUUUGCAGCUUGGUGACCGCACGAUCGAGCAAACAGAGGACAUGGUUGAACGAGGACGCCUGUGGUAUACAAUUUGCUGCUUUGAUUUGACUAUCAAUGUCACCCGUCCAUUCUUCACCAACCGCAUGAAGGAAUACUUGCCGCAAGCAAGUGAACUGCUUCUAUCACCUUACCGCCGGCCAGUUGACUACCACAUCUACGCAUAUGUGCAGGGCUUCACCAUUACAGGUGACGCCAAAGGACAAAUCAAGAUGUCUCGAUUGAUGGCGCAACCGUUGCCGGACAAGGUCGCCGAGACUCUAAUGGGGCUGGACCAACGAGCAGAUAUCUGGUUCCAAGAGAUGAACACCGGGACCGACCCGCAUUUCCAGCCCUUAGACGACCGGAGCCAGCGGUUCACGAUCCCCUAUGCCUUCAUCAAGCUGUACAUCAACGGCCUCGCCUUGAAUGGAUUCAAAGCCGAUAAAAAUCCAAUGGACUCUAUGCGAAUCGGUUUCGUAAAGAGGGCAGUCGACAAUGCAUGUCUUCUGAUACAAACACAGUUCGAAUCCGAAUCUUUUCGAAGAGGCAUCAGAUACACCAUGGACUACAAUGGCAUGACCUUGUACUAUGCAAGUACUUUCAUAUUCAAAGCCAUGAAUUUGAUUCAUCACUACCUCGACUGCGAGAAGUCUCUGCUCGCGCUGCUGCAAGCGGCACAAAUCUUCGAAGAGGCUGGGGCCAGCGAGACUGCCACUGAGAUGCGAAGAGAGCAGGGGAGAUUGGCCUCUGCUACAAACACUACACUUCCUCCGCUAGACGUUCCGGAUCUAGUCCUAGGGGAUGCGCAGUUGGACUCCUUUUUCGACAUUCCAAGUUUUCUAGAUGAUAUGCUAGACAUCGACCACGAACAAUGA